AUGGAGAUCCCAACUUUCCUGGCGAGUCUGGUUCUGCUCUUCCUUGGAGGGGAUAUUUUUACCUGGGCCAUGCUGAGUGACAUUGGGGACUAUGUAGGUAAAGACAUUCAAAUAUCCUGGUUACCGAACCUGGAUGAGUUAAUGAAGGGCUAUGCCAGAAAUUUUCGCCCUGGGAUAGGAGGUCCACCGGUGAACGUGUCCAUGGCCAUUGAGGUGGCCAGCAUUGACCACAUCUCGGAAGCCAACAUGGACUACACCAUGACCGUGUUCCUGCGGCAGAGCUGGCGCGAUGACCGCCUGUCCUACAAUCACACCAACAAGACGCUGGGCCUGGACAGUCGAUUCGUGGACAAGCUGUGGGUGCCCGACACCUUCAUCGUCAACGCCAAAUCUGCUUGGUUCCACGAUGUCACCGUGGAGAACAAGCUCAUUCGCCUUCAGCCCAACGGAGUCAUUCUAUACAGCAGCCGAAUCACUUCAACGGUGGCGUGUGAUAUGGACCUGACCAAGUACCCCAUGGAUGAACAGGAGUGUAUGCUGGACCUGGAGAGCUAUGGCUACUCCUCAGAGGACAUUGUGUACCACUGGUCAGAUAGUCAGAAACACAUCCACGGCCUGGACAAACUGGAGCUCUCCCAGUUCACCAUCACGGACUAUCGAUUUGUCACUGAGAUGAUGAACUUCAAAUCUGCGGGACGAUUUCCGAGGCUCAGCCUCCGCUUUGAGCUGAGACGUAAUCGAGGCGUCUACAUCAUCCAGUCAUACAUGCCUUCCAUCUUACUGGUCGCCAUGUCCUGGGUGUCCUUUUGGAUCAGCCAAACAGCCGUCCCUGCUCGUGUAUCCUUAGGGAUCACAACCGUGCUCACCAUGACCACACUGAUGGUAAGCGCCCGCUCCUCCCUGCCUCGGGCGUCAGCCAUCAAGGCGCUGGACGUCUACUUCUGGAUCUGCUACGUGUUUGUGUUCGCGGCACUCAUCGAGUACGCCUUCGCUCACUACAACGCUGACUACAGACUCAAAGAGAAGGCCAAGGUGAAGGCCAACAAGCUCAGCUCUGAGUCCAUUGUGAAGAAUGGCAAACAGGCUAUGGUUCUGUUUUCCCUGUCGGUCACCGGCAUGAACCAGGGCGUGAUGAUUUCCAACCGCCACGGGCGGCCACAGCGCUCCAGCAGCGAAAUCCCCGGGGAGGGCGGCAGCGAGGAGGCCGAGCCGAGGAGGAGAAGGUCCAGGCAGCCGGAGGAGUGCACGGAGGAGAAGAAAUGCUGUUCCAACUGCGCGUGCAAGCCCAUUGACGCCGACACCAUCGACAUCUACGCCAGGGCCGUGUUCCCCUUCACCUUCGCCGUGGUGAACGUGAUCUACUGGGUGGCGUACACCAUGUGA